AUCCGGCCGAAGCUUAGCUGUAGUCUCUCCUUGUUGCACAGUGAGCACACUAACUUUUCUAGGGGGGAAAAAUCUCAAGGGUGGGUAGACUUGAGUUCUUUGUCAACUGAGGGAUUUUCUUGAGAUUCUGUUUUCCUCUUCUUUUUGAAAAAAAAAUCAUCUUCCAUUAUUUUUUCUUUACUGAUAAUAUAACAACAGAACAAGUCAUAAUCAUGUCGGAGCACAGCAGGAAUUCCGAUGUAGAAGAUCUUGUUGGUGAGGAGAUUGAUGAGGAUGAGAUCUUGGCCAACUUGUCCCCUGAAGAGCUGAAGGCACUGCAGUCGGAAAUGGAAAUCAUGGCCCCUGACCCCCACCUGCCUGUGAGCAUGAUUCAGAGAGAUCAGACCGACAAGCCACCCACUGGAAACUUCGACCAUAAAUCUCUGGUUGAUUAUAUGUAUUGGCAAAAGGCAUCUAGGCGAAUGCUGGAAGAUGAACGGGUUCCUAACGCCUUCGUACAAUCUGAGGAAAACGUUCGAGAAUACCAUGAAGACAGAGACAGGGGUGUUAAAAAUGUGCCCCAGUUUUUAAAAGAUAAACUGAAUAAUGAAAUAGUUGCACAUAAAAGAGAAUCAAAGGGCAGCAACAGUGUACAAGAAACAGAUGAUGAUGAUGACAAUGAUGAAGAUGAAGAUGAAGAAGAAGAAGAAGAAGAUGAUGAUGAAGAAGAAGAAGAAGAUGAAGAUGAAGAUGAUGGUGAAGAGAGUGAUGGAAAAACCAAUAGAGAGAAAGAAAAUGAAGCAAAGGAACAGACUCGCAAUGGUGAGAGCAAUAGCCCAAGGGUCACUACAAAAGCAUUGGAAGACCAGAAAGACAGGUCUGAGCCCCAAGAAACAAGUGGGAAAAAAAUAGCAAAGCUAGAUCCUAAGAAGUUAGCUCUAGAUACUAGUUUUCUUAAGAUAAGUGCAAGGCCUUCAGGAAAUCAAACCGACCUGGAUGGCAGCCUGAGGCGAGUGAGACAGAAUGACCCUGACAUGAAAGAACUCAACCUGAACAACAUCGAGAACAUCCCCAAAGACAUGUUACUGGACUUCGUCAAUGCCAUGAAGAAAAACAAACACAUCAAAACGCUCAGCUUAGCAAACGUGGGUGCCGAUGAGAGUGUGGCCUUUGCCUUGGCCAACAUGCUGCGGGAGAACAGAAGUAUCACCACCCUCAACAUCGAGUCCAACUUCAUCACUGGCAAAGGCAUUGUGGCCAUCAUGCGGUGCCUACAGUUUAACGAGACCCUCACCGAACUUCGUUUUCACAACCAGAGGCACAUGCUGGGCCACCAGGCAGAAAUGGAGAUCUCCAGGCUCUUGAAGGCCAACAAUACUCUCUUGAAGAUGGGCUACCAUUUUGAGCUGCCAGGCCCCCGGAUGGUGGUGACUAAUCUGCUCACUAGAAAUCAGGAUAAACGGAGGCAGAAAAGACAAGAAGAACAAAAGCAACAGCAACUCAAAGAGCAGAGGAAGUUGAUAGCCAUGUUGGAGAACGGUCUGGGGCUGCCCCCUGGAAUGUGGGAGAUGUUAGGGGGGCCCAUGCCAGAUUCUAGAAUGCAAGAGUUCCUUCAGGCUCCCCCUGGACGGCCUCCCAACCCCCCAGCCAUGCCCUUUGGACGAAGGAAUGAAAUGAUGAAAAACCCAUCUCAGCCUCCAAAGUACCAGACAGACCCCGACUCCUUCCGGGUGGUGAAACUGAAGAGGAUUCAGCGCAAAUCUCGCAUGCCAGAAGCCAGAGAACAACCUGAGAAAACCAACCUGAAAGACGUGAUCAAAACACUCAAACCAGUGCCCAGAAACAGGCCACCCCCGCUGGUGGAAAUCACUCCCAGAGAUCAGCUCCUGAACGACAUUCGUCACAGCAAUGUCGCCUAUCUGAAACCUGUGCAACUGCCAAAAGAACUGGAGUAGGAGGCAGCAGGAUCAUCUAGAAGAACAAGAAGCCAAGCAGUGACUGUGGGGUUAGGGCUUGGAAGCAAUUCCAGCAGCAGCACUUCUGGAUACAGAGUGGUAGACCUGGGAACAGUCUUAUAGCUCGGAUGGGUAUUUGUGAAGGAUGGGCCCUAACAAAUACACGAGGAAAAGGAAGGAGAUAAAAUACUAGUUUUCAUGGGCAACAUUUUUUUUUCUAUUCCUGUCUGUUUGAGUGAUGGGUGGCACUUAAGAGUUAUGCUUCCAGAAGAAGUUAAACAUUAAAAAAAAAACAUUUACUUUACUAUUGCUUUCUUCUGGUAAAUGAUAAUAAAUAUGGCAGCAGUGUU